AUGCAGAAGAGGAUGGGUGAGGCGGUAGCCCGGGUAGCCAGGAAGGUGAAUGACACGGUGGAGAACAAAACGGAUUCCCUGGAUUUGGCCAACUGCAAACUGAUGACCUUCCCCAUCGGCAUCUACAAAGCCAUGAGAAGCGUCACUGAGGGGAUCCACUGCAUCUCCCUGGCAAACAACGAGCUGAAGUCCAUCACCAACCGAUUUGUCACCACCUUCAACCAGCUGAGAG